AUGCCCCCGCCCAAUCCCCCACCCAACGACACGUCCAUAUUCGGCACAUACCUCCCACUCUCAGCGCGCCACGGCGUCCAAGCAGCCCGUUUUCCGCCGCACGACUCCGGCCCCAUGUUCAACCCCCACACCCGGAUCAACGAAGCAAUCGAUUCACUAUGCGCAUUCCGCCACUCCAUGUCCGAGCUCGAGACCCAGCACCGCAGCGCUCUCGAAGCCAAAGACGCUGAAAUGGCAUCCCUUCAGCAGCGCUUCACACGACUAAACACACUACAUCGUACUACCAAAGCUCGAAUCGACGAAAAGGUCCUGCAGCAAGGCAAACUGCAGAACGACAUGAAGAUAUUGAAGCGGGAACUUGCCGCCGAGAAGGCGAAGAAGGGUGUUGUUGACCAGGAUAUGGAGAAGCGGGUCAUGGAGGUGAGACAGCAGAACGCUUUGUUGACUGCUAAGGUGUUGGGGCUCGAGAAGGAACUUGCGGAUGAGAGGGCGAGGGGGAAGGAGAAUAGGGAUGCGAAGAAGGAGUUGGAGGUUAUGAAGACGAAGUUGGCGGAUAUGGUGAGUGGUAAGGAGGUUAAGGUUGAGGUUGUUGAGUAG